UCAGACAUUCGAAGUCAGCGCGCACUCAUCUUCUCAUCAAAGAUUGCAGAUGGUCUUUUACAGAGCUUCACUUCCAAAGUAAUGUUUAAAACAACUCUCUUAGCUUCUAUCAACUCACUUUUCAAGAUGAAGUCGUUCUUUGUAAUCACUCUAGUUCUAUUUUCAUGUCUGUGUCUUGUUGGAGUCACCCAAGCCGUUGCUGUUUCAAAGGAAGGUACGCAAGAGGAAGUUGCUCCUGUCCCCGGAAAGAUUGGCAUAGAAGAUGGUCGCAUAGGUAAUAGUAGUCUCUCUGCGUCAUCUUGCUGGGAUAUCAAUCAUUGCGUAGCUCGCUCUAGACUCAAUCAGCCAGAAGAGGGCGCUCUAAGAGGAGCCUGGUCAGCUUCACGGAACGAUGUGAACCAGUGGAUACAAGUUGACCUCAGUGCUAACUUUGAGGUCACCGGAGUCAUCACACAAGGCAGGAAUUACAGCUAUGAAGAUUGGGUCACGUCCUUUCAAAUAUCUUACAGCAUCGAUGGCCAAGACUGGACCAUGGUGGAAGACUAUGAGGAAGGACCAAAGAUCUUUCCUGGUAAUUCUGAUCGAGAUAGCCUAGUUGAAAAUGGAAUCAGCCCACCUUUGACAGCUAGGUUCAUCCGUCUCCAUCCUGUAACUUGGCACAGGCACAUCAGCUUGAGAUGGGAACUCAUUGGACAGGGUCCUGUUACAUUUGCUCCUGUCCCCGGAAAGAUUGGCAUAGAAGAUGGUCGCAUAGGUACUAGUAGUCUCUCUGCGUCAUCUUGCUGGGAUAUCAAUCAUUGCGUAGCUCGCUCUAGACUCAAUCAGCCAGAAGAGGGCGCUCUAAGAGGAGCCUGGUCAGCUUCAUGGAACGAUGUGAACCAGUGGAUACAAGUUGACCUCAGUGCUACCUUUGAGGUCACCGGAGUCAUCACACAAGGCAGGAAUUACAGCUAUGAAGAUUGGGUCACGUCCUAUCAAAUAUCUUACAGCAUCGAUGGCCAAGACUGGACCAUGGUGGAAGACUAUGAGGAAGGACCAAAGAUCUUUCCUGGUAAUUCUGAUCGAGAUAGCCUAGUUGAAAAUGGAAUCAGCCCACCUGUGACAGCUAGGUUCAUCCGUCUCCACCCUGUAACUUGGCACAGGCACAUCAGCUUGAGAUGGGAACUCAUUGGACAGGGUCCUGUUACAUUUGCUCCUGUCCCCGGAAAGAUUGGCAUAGAAGAUGGUCGCAUAGGUACUAGUAGUCUCUCUGCGUCAUCUUGCUGGGAUAUCAAUCAUUGCGUAGCUCGCUCUAGACUCAAUCAGCCAGAAGAGGGCGCUCUAAGAGGAGCCUGGUCAGCUUCACGGAACGAUGUGAACCAGUGGAUACAAGUUGACCUCAGUGCUAACUUUGAGGUCACCGGAGUCAUCACACAAGGCAGGAAUUACAGCUAUGAAGAUUGGGUCACGUCCUUUCAAAUAUCUUACAGCAUCGAUGGCCAAGACUGGACCAUGGUGGAAGACUAUGAGGAAGGACCAAAGAUCUUUCCUGGUAAUUCUGAUCGAGAUAGCCUAGUUGAAAAUGGAAUCAGCCCACCUUUGACAGCUAGGUUCAUCCGUCUCCAUCCUGUAACUUGGCACAGGCACAUCAGCUUGAGAUGGGAACUCAUUGGACAGGGUCCUGUUACAUUUGCUCCUGUCCCCGGAAAGAUUGGCAUAGAAGAUGGUCGCAUAGGUACUAGUAGUCUCUCUGCGUCAUCUUGCUGGGAUAUCAAUCAUUGCGUAGCUCGCUCUAGACUCAAUCAGCCAGAAGAGGGCGCUCUAAGAGGAGCCUGGUCAGCUUCAUGGAACGAUGUGAACCAGUGGAUACAAGUUGACCUCAAUGCUAACUUUGAGGUCACCGGAGUCAUCACACAAGGCAGGAAUUACAGCUAUGAAGAUUGGGUCACGUCCUAUCAAAUAUCUUACAGCAUCGAUGGCCAAGACUGGACCAUGGUGGAAGACUAUGAGGAAGGACCAAAGAUCUUUCCUGGUAAUUCUGAUCGAGAUAGCCUAGUUGAAAAUGGAAUCAGCCCACCUGUGACAGCUAGGUUCAUCCGUCUCCAUCCUGUAACUUGGCACAGGCACAUCAGCUUGAGAUGGGAACUCAUUGGACAGGGUCCUGUUACAUUUGCUCCUGUCCCCGGAAAGAUUGGCAUAGAAGAUGGUCGCAUAGGUACUAGUAGUCUCUCUGCGUCAUCUUGCUGGGAUAUCAAUCAUUGCGUAGCUCGCUCUAGACUCAAUCAGCCAGAAGAGGGCGCUCUAAGAGGAGCCUGGUCAGCUUCACGGAACGAUGUGAACCAGUGGAUACAAGUUGACCUCAGUGCUAACUUUGAGGUCACCGGAGUCAUCACACAAGGCAGGAAUUACAGCUAUGAAGAUUGGGUCACGUCCUUUCAAAUAUCUUACAGCAUCGAUGGCCAAGACUGGACCAUGGUGGAAGACUAUGAGGAAGGACCAAAGAUCUUUCCUGGUAAUUCUGAUCGAGAUAGCCUAGUUGAAAAUGGAAUCAGCCCACCUGUGACAGCUAGGUUCAUCCGUCUCCAUCCUGUAACUUGGCACAGGCACAUCAGCUUGAGAUGGGAACUCAUUGGACAGGGUCCUGUUACAUUUGCUCCUGUCCCCGGAAAGAUUGGCAUAGAAGAUGGUCGCAUAGGUACUAGUAGUCUCUCUGCGUCAUCUUGCUGGGAUAUCAAUCAUUGCGUAGCUCGCUCUAGACUCAAUCAGCCAGAAGAGGGCGCUCUAAGAGGAGCCUGGUCAGCUUCACGGAACGAUGUGAACCAGUGGAUACAAGUUGACCUCAGUGCUACUUUUGAGGUCACCGGAGUCAUCACACAAGGCAGGAAUUACAGCUAUGAAGAUUGGGUCACGUCCUAUCAAAUAUCUUACAGCAUCGAUGGCCAAGACUGGACCAUGGUGGAAGACUAUGAGGAAGGACCAAAGAUCUUUCCUGGUAAUUCUGAUCGAGAUAGCCUAGUUGAAAAUGGAAUCAGCCCACCUGUGACAGCUAGGUUCAUCCGUCUCCAUCCUGUAACUUGGCACAGGCACAUCAGCUUGAGAUGGGAACUCAUUGGACAGGGUCCUGUUACAUUUGCUCCUGUCCCCGGAAAGAUUGGCAUAGAAGAUGGUCGCAUAGGUACUAGUAGUCUCUCUGCGUCAUCUUGCUGGGAUAACAAUCAUUGCGUAGCUCGCUCUCGACUCAAUCAGCCAGAAGAGGGCGCUCUAAGAGGAGCCUGGUCAGCUUCACGGAACGAUGUGAACCAGUGGAUACAAGUUGACCUCAGUGCUACCUUUGAGGUCACCGGAGUCAUCACACAAGGCAGGAAUUACAGCUAUGAAGAUUGGGUCACGUCCUUUCAAAUAUCUUACAGCAUCGAUGGCCAAGACUGGACCAUGGUGGAAGACUAUGAGGAAGGACCAAAGAUGUUUCCUGGUAAUUCUGAUCGAGAUAGCCUAGUUGAAAAUGGAAUCAACCCACCUGUGACAGCUAGGUUCAUCCGUCUCCAUCCUGUAACUUGGCACAGGCACAUCAGCUUGAGAUGGGAACUCAUUGGACAGGGUCCUGUUACAUCUCAAGAAACACCCACUUCACACAGUGACGAAACAAACCCAACUGAAUCUCGCGGUGAUGCAGUAGUGCGUCCAGUGGGUAACAUGACAAGUCUCCCUGGUGUCAUCUACAUUCGCUGGGGCAACGAUGUAUGUCCUGAAGAUGCAGAACUCAUCUAUUCAGGUUCUAUUGGAGGUGCACACUUCACUCAGACUGGUAGCGGCUCAAACUAUCUCUGCAUGCCCGACGAGCCUAUCUAUGACGAAGUAGAAACUUCCGAACACGCUGAUCGAGCCCUACUAUACUCUUCUGAAUAUCAAGUCAGUGGUGGUCCUUCACGCGUCCAACCAAUGCAUGACCAUACUCCGACCUGUGCAGUAUGCAGGGCGCCCUCUGGCCGCACCAGCAAACUUAUGAUUCCUGCCCGCAACGUAUGUCCUUCUCAAGAAUGGCGUUUAGAGUACGCUGGUUAUCUUAUGGCAGAGAGAUACACACACAAGAGAUCGGAAUUUGUGUGUGUGGACCGAGAGAUGGUUCCUAAAGCGGGUACCCUGGGGAAUCAGGAUGGUGUGCUGUUGUACAUGACAGAAGUUCGGUGUCAGGUGGGUGAUGGCUUGGAUUGUGGACCCUACAUCGAUGGUUACGAAAUUACUUGCGCCGUCUGUACUAUCUAAAGUCCUACUAAUACAUUUUCAUUGCGUAUAGUUUGACACGGUUGGCAGUUUUUGUCAUGCUUUUAGAACAUCUUAGCUUCAUACACACAUCAGUGAUAAAAUUGUACACCUUUAGUUUAAUACAAACACAAGUGAUAAAGUGUAAGCCUUAGUUUCAUACACACAACAGUGAUACAAAUUAAUCGCACAAAAAAAAACUGUAAGGUAGCCGCGCUGCCCAUAAACUAAGUUUUAACAUGUAAACCAAUGGGGGUCGCAACUUUUUCUCUGGUAUCCAGAAUCUUUCGGGAAUAGUCGCUCAUGAAUGGGGAUCGCAGCUAAUUUUAACUAAUUUUCUGGUACCCAGAAUCUUGCGGGAGAAUGGCUCAAAUCACACCUACAAUUUCGACCAAUCAGAUGGCUAGAUUUCUAAAGAGAGGUAUAUAAACCCAUUUAUCGUUGAAUAUAAUGGUCAAUAUAAGAAUUUACUUUAAUUGAACGGAAUUGGAAAGACAUUGUCUAUAUCAUUUCAAAUGUGUUGAGGUGUGCUUAAUCUUUGCUAAAAGGUUUAACGGGAAAUCGUUAAAGAUCAAUCUUAUCUGGUAUGGAAAUUAAAAAAAAAAAAAACUAUGUUUCUUAGUCAUUUCAUAUCAGGUAUUUUUCUGGUACCCGGAAUCUUGCGGGAGAAUGGCUCAAAUCACACCUGCAAUUUCGACCAAUCAGAUGGCUAGAUUUCUAAAGAGAGGUAUAUAAACCCAUUUAUCGUUGAAUGUAAAGGUCAAUAUAAGAAUUUACUUUAAUUGAACGGAAUUGAGAAGACAUUGUCUAUAUAAUUUCAAAUGUGUUGAGGUGUGCUUAAUUUUUGCUAGAAUGUUUAACGGGAAAUUGUUAAAGAUCAAUCUUAUCUGAUAUGGAGAUUUAAAAAAAACAACUAUGCUUCUUAGUCAUUUCAUAUCAGGUCUUUCCAUCUAUGUGUGUUCAUGCUCAAAUAAAUAGGAAAGAAACAUCUUUAAA